AUUCGAGACCUUGUCAAUUCGAAUGCUUUCUUGCUGAGGAAGACAAAUAGAGAAGGAAACACUCCUUUGCAUGUUGCAGUGAUCCAUGGUAACAAAGAAGUUGCCAAAUUCCUCAUUCAGAGAUCCGGAAGUGGCCUAUUACAACAACAAGACUGGCAGGUCUCCUUUAUAUCUGGCUGUUGAGAAUCGCGACAGAAGCGGGAUUCUUGAUGAUCUCUUGAAUACGGAAGCUCCGAUCCCUACAGAAAGAGAAGAUGGAGAUUCACUUGGCAUGCUACCACAAGGAAAGUCCCCUGUUCACGCUGCUGUCGAUAACCGCAUCAUAGGUAUAUUGCAGAAAAUCGAAGAAGCAAAGCCAGAGUUAUUACGUCUCCAUGACAAAGAGUUUGGAAAUCCACUCCAUUAUGCAUCAUCUACAGGCUAUGUGCAAGGAGUUCGAUUCCUAUUAGAAAAGUAUCGUGCCGGUGCCGAUGAAACUGACCAAGAGGGCAACUAUCCUAUUCAUCUUGCAUGCAAGGAAGGCUCGGUUGCUUUGUUAAAGGAAUUCCUGAAAGUUAUUCCCUAUCCAAACGAAUUCAUAAAUAAAAAAAAAGCAGAACAUUCUUCAUGUAGCGGCCCAAAAUGGACAUGGCUCUUUGAUUAUGUACAUACUCGAACAGGAUCAGAAGAUCGUAGAAACACUGCUAAAUGCGAUGGAUGAGGAUGGAAACACACCUUUGCAUUUGGCAACAAAUCUCGGCCAGUCCGCGCCUGUAUUUGUUCUUGUGCGUGACAAACGCGUUUAUCGUCAUGCUGUUAACAAUAACGGUUUGACACCGUAUGAACUUGGUAGAAAACAAUCCACAAUAGUGGUACAGCGAUAUGAAGGAACGGAUGAAACGUUUGCUGAGGAGCGACAGCACUUUGAUUCAAAUAACAGGGUGGAAGGGACCGAGGACAAACCAGCUGAUCAAAACAAGCAAGAC